AUGAAAAGGUUUUUUCCCACGGAAGACACGCACCUCAUCUUUCAGCGGGAACUCGCGCCUCUGUCGGAUUUGAAGCACGACAAUGUCAUCAAAGUGCUGACGGCGUUCCUCGACGGGGGGCUCAUGCAUGCCGUCUUUGAGCUCCUCGACCACAGCAUUGUUGACGAGGUGGAGAUGAAAGGCUGCGGUCUGGAGGGUCCGACGGUCAAGGAAUACAGUUUCCAGAUCCUCACCGCAGUGGACUUCAUCCACAACCACAAUAUAAUGCAUCGAGACAUCAAGCCAGAUAACCUGCUGGUCUCGCACUCGGGAGUCCUCAAGUUGGCCGACUUUGGCUCCAGCCGCACGUCCAACCAUGCGUCCAACCAUGCGUUUAACCAUACGUCCAACCAUGCUGCCGCACCGCUCACACGGGAUGCUGGCACGUUGUGGUUCCGUGCACCAGAGAUGCUGUUGAUGGACCCUGACUACGACAAGCCUGCUGAUGUAUGGGCCGUUGGGUGCACCUUGGUGUUCAUGGCCACGGGAAACCACUUCCUGAGAGGCGAAAUAACCCCGAAACAAAUCAAGAUGAUUCUAAGCAAAGUGGGACCUCUGACUGCCAUCCAGGAGCAGCAAUAUUACGCCCAAGAGUUUGGGGCCCUGCCCGUGGUGCUCCCCCCCACCGACCUGAUGGAGAAGUACGGCCUCUCCGACCUCCUGCUGGCUCAGCUAGUGGAGAUGUGUCUGCAGAUGGACCCGGUGGACAGGUGGGGGUGCUCUGCGCUGCUGAGACACCCAUACUUCACCCAAGAUCAUUUCCACGAGAGGUUUCCCAAGGAGCUGCAGAAGAUGGUCGACCAGGAUCAGUCUGUCGCCCCCAUGGUGGAGCAAGAGUUGUUCCCACCAAUUACAACAUGGGAAAAUAUCCUGGAACACAAUAACAGUCCUGCGGUGGAGAAAGAAGAUGAGGAAAAGUGCUGCUGUCUCCCUACUUGUGAACAUUUACGGGAACUUUGGAAGGACAUAACAGAAGCACUCUGGAGAACCAUCGGCAAAGGCUGGGGCUUGUUGAGGUAAAAAUGUAGAGAUAAUGCACCGACACGUCAAGGCCGAAGCUCCACUCUCUAGACAUUCCUGCGACGACUCCUCCAGCGGUGUUUCCAAUCUUCUUGAUCCUGCAUGCAGCUGGCUAGCUCGGCUGCGCUUUCUGCUGCUACAUCUUUCCGUAUGGGGGCCAGUGAUUGUGGGAAGCCUAAAGCGUGUUCGGCCAUGCGAUUGGACAAUCGACAUUCUUGGAGCGGGUGAUACGAAGAAAAAAAAAAUGCAAUGCAUUGUGGCUGUAGACUGUCCGGUUGAUCUUUCACUUCAUGGGCCAGGAGGUUUCUUAUUUAUCAUUGUGGAUUAAAUCAUUCAAUGUCCUGCUUUUGUCUCAUGUCACCCCUUGAUGGCACUAUUGCAUUGUUUGGAAUACUUCUCGGUUUUUUAGCAGCAUAUUCAUGGCCAUACAAUCGGCAUGGUCGUUAUUCAAACCAGGCUUUUUAAAGUUGUAUAAGUUGCUGGGUUGCAAAUAUGUCAGUGUCCACUUUUAUAUUUAUUAUUUCUUAAUUUAUAUUUAUCACUCAUGUAAAUUAUCAAUGUCCUUGUUCAAACAAUCUUUACUUCUGUGUCAGAAAUUGUGCAUAUGUGUUACUAAUUAGAAUGCCACUGUAGAACCUGAUAACGUUACAAAU